CGCCGCGCGCCAGUCGUGUGUUGUCCGCCGGCCGCGCUGUGUGCCGCCCGUACGCUAACCGCUCGCUCGCGCAACUUCGCUCGUAUCGCUCGUGUCGCUCGUGUUGCUCGCCCGCGCCAACAGUGCAGUGCUCAAGUGUCUGUGAAGUGCGUCUUACUGUUCCCAAGAUCUGACGUUUGCUAUCUACAGGAGUGAAGUGUGCUUCAAACAUCUGAGCCCUCUUUGCCCGCGUCCAGGAUCAAGCCCGAUAAUCCAGAGAUAUCACGUGUAGCUGAACAUGCUGUGACUACGUGAGAGACACAGACGCAGUUGCCCUGGCCCGUGGGUCGGGAGAAGAUCGAGAGAGGAGGAGAGUCGGCUAGCUGGCGGGGGGAGGGGCGGGACGGGGGCAUGGAGGACCCACAGCGCGCCGAGCACGAAGCCGCCUGCGCACUCACCAACAACAGCACGGAGCCACCAUCUGGUGUAUACUGCGAGGGUACGUUCGAUAGCUGGGUGUGCUGGCCACACACUGCCGCCAACUCCACCGCGUACGCGCCCUGUCCAGACUUUGUGCCAGGCUUCCGACCGGAACUAUUGGCGCACAAGGAAUGCACGGAGAACGGUACGUGGUGGCGCCAUCCUCAGACCGGCAACCCGUGGUCCAACUAUACCACCUGCUACAAGCCUGAGGAUGAUGUCAGUGACAUCAUCGCGGUGUACGAGGCAGGUUACAGCGUGUCGCUGGUGGCGCUUCUGGUGUCCCUCGGAAUACUGUUUUAUUUCAAGAGCUUGCGUUGCGCGCGCAUAACGGUGCACAUGAACCUGUUCGCGUCGUUCGCGGUGAACAACGCUCUGUGGCUCGCGUGGUACGCGCUCGUGGUGCGCUCGCCCGCCACGCUCGCCGCCUCGCCCGCCUGGUGCCGCGCGCUCAACGCCACGCUACAAUACGCGCUCCUCACCAACUACACCUGGAUGUUGUGUGAGGGCGUGUACCUCCACACGGUGCUGGUGAGCGCGUUCGUGUCGGAGCGUCGCCUGGUGCGCGCGCUGCUGGCGGCGGGGUGGGUGCUGCCGGCGCCCUUUGCCGCCGUGCACGCGGCGCGCCGGUCGCUGGCCGACGAGCCGCUGUGCUGGGCCGACGACGGCGCGCCCCGCCCCGAGCUCGCGGUGCUCGUCUGCAUCGCCGUCCUCCUCAACCUCGGCUUCCUGUGCAACAUAGUGCGCGUGCUGUGCACGAAGCUGCGCGCCGGCGGAGGAGUGGGCGGCGGCGCCGGGUCGGCGCGCCCGUCGGCGACGGCGCUGCACGCGUUGCGCGCCACGUGCCUGCUGGCGCCGCUCCUCGGCCUGCAGUAUCUCCUCACGCCGUUCCGGCCGCCGCGCACGGCGCGCUACUGGCUGCUGUACGAGUACGUGUCGGCGCUGACGACGUCGCUGCAGGGGCUGUGCGUGGCGGUGCUGUACUGCUUCUGCAACGGGGAGGUGCUCGCGCAGCUGAGGCGAAAGUGGCGCGUGCUCACCUUCCGCCCGAGGGCCAACUCGACCACCAACACGACGGUCUCGUUUGUGCGGUCGGGCGGCGGCGGUGCGGGCGAAGACAAGGUGUGACUAGCGGCGGGCGGUGCGGCGACGGGUGACGGCGGCGGUGGAGGCGGAGGUGGCGCGCUCGAGGCGGACCAGCACCCGCGCGCGCGCCCGCACGCAGAGCGCCGCCACGCGCCCGACGCGCGACACAUACGCUUCGAGUGCGUCGACAGCGACGACGACGCGCCGCCCGACACCCGCCUCCUGUGAGCGCGGCCCCAUGGGAACACGCGAACCUUGUGUUAACGGACGCAACCUAUGUGGAGUGCUUGUGUUCACAGAAUAGACCGAUUCGGAGCUCCCUGUGCUGACGAACCCCACCUAUGUGAAGGGCCUUAUGUUUUCAGAAGCACCUUCUUGAAGGACGAGGCGCGCCUUGUGUGACUAAAUGCGCCUUGUAUUACUUAACACGCCUUAUGUGGUGAGACGUGAUUUUUGUGACUGAAUGCGCCUUGUGUGACCGAAUACGCCUUGUGAGACGAGACGCGCCCUAUGUAUCUAACUAAACACGCCUUGUGCUACUAAAUGCGCUUUGUGUCUUGUGUAACCGGACAUUACUUGUGUGAACAAAUAAAACUCUUUCGUUUACUGAUAGGCCUUAAGGGAACAGUCGCCUUAUACAAUAAGUGGAAGAAUUGUGUGAAUUAUAAUCCAAACAGGAACUCAUUGUGUCUGAGUAAAUGCGCGUCCCUGAGAACACAACUGGUGCUGAACUUUUUUUAUUAUGCUUUGAAAGAAACGAGUGUUAAAUUAUAUUUAUUGUUAUUAUUACGAGUAUGUAUUGUAUACUGUGCUUAAGUAGAAACGAAAUGGUGUCAUGGUCGUGGUCGUCAUAAAUAAAGACCACUGUCUGUCACGCACAACGCGACGCGCUGCAGUGGGUAAACCGCCUGACUGUUGACCCCUCUGUAGGACAGGCAUAACCUUGUAUUUAUGUAAAUUAUACGGGUGCUUAUUUAUUAAUUACGAAACUUGUUAUUUCUUUCUGCCUACCCUACCCUGCUCUUAAUGAACAAUAUCAGUCGAGUCAGGGAGUAAUUAUGUUAAGAAAAUAUGUUUAUAUGUAAUGUAACUUAUUUUUAUAAUCUUUAUUUAAAGAUGUACAUCUCUCGGUCCACCUAGCAUUUUAAAUUCAAACGGUCCCUAGCUAAAUGGAAAAGUUACAUUGAGCAAAAAGUUAUUAUCUACGCAGUUUUGAAGCUGAUUUAUUAACCAUCUUUUCGUGUGUGUGUUUGAAAUUAUUUCUCAACGCUUCAAUUGUGGUGCAUGACCACAAUUCGCUUUAGUCACAAUUGGACAUUCAAACACGCUGCAUGUGCACUUAAUAUAACAAUACUGCGUAUAUUCUGUGUUAUAAAGAUAAAACUAUGCCUUCGAUGCUUUUAUAAAGAACACAAAUAGUUCAAGAUCAAAUAACAAAUGUAAAUCUGUAAAAACAUUUUUUCUCAAAAAUCACGGUUUGUCGUGAAUGUUAUUUACGUAAUCGCCAUUUGUUAUCAAGAAAAGGACAACAAUACAGCUCAGCCGUGCGGACUCGGCCGCGGACUCCCCGUUUCGCUCGCGCUGCGUUGAAGCGUACAGUUCUGUCUCGCUCGCUCGAUCGAAUGUUAAUUUACAGACGUGUGCGUGUGUGAGAGUUGCUUAUGUAGUUGAGUCGGAACAUAUUUUUUUGAUGCUAGUAUGAGCGUACCGUAUCUUCCCUUUUCGUUCCAAUCUAAUGCUCAACCAUAAACAUAUAAUAUAUAUUUUCUUAAGACCGUUGAAACUUAUAAUACUAAGUGCGCCGAUAGAUGUGUUUGGAAGUAAAUAUUCUUUUAAAUAGAAAAGUUACUAGAAAUAAUGUUAAGUGUAUUCCAAUAUUCACUUUUGUUAAAUAUGCUAAGGUUGAACAUUUCAAGGUUUUCUUGCAGCGAGUUGUGAAAAAUGUUAAUUUUUACUUCGUAAUUAAUAAAAUAUGACCUUAUCGUUGUUGUGUAAAUAAAAUGUAAAUGAUGAUAAAUCUGCUGUAAAAAUAGCUAAGAUUGAAGUUGUAACCACAAAUGCAAUCAAUAUUGUCACUGAAAUUAAUCAUAAUAAAGCACAACAUGUCCCCAUACACGACUUCUCAAACUAUACUUGUCAUCGGGAUAUUGUUUAAAUGUUGGUCGUCAGCCAAACUUAAUAUCAAUAUGACCUAUUGAAAAAGAUGCUCCUACAUUGGAUUGGACACAGGCCAGUUCUCGACAAAUGACAAAAUCACUUUCCUUUUCAAAGAAAAUUUAAUCUGUAAUCGUUUAUUGUUUGGUGUCUUAUAUUUAUUUAGUUUCCUCGUAUCUUCAUUCUGAGGUAAAAAGUCCAUCGCUUCAUAGGUUUUGAUUCGUACUCAUUUUCAACAUGUACGUUAUUUAUAAUAUUCAAACUUCCUAUUUUUGCUACUAAGAUUCUCGAAUCCUAUUUGAUUUUAAAUAUAAGAACGGCAUCUGGAAACUUGCACUUAGCGCUCUGAUCUUGGAUAAACUGCUAUAUUGAGAUGUAAUGUAUGUAGGCUGCUGUCAAUAUAAGUUUUGUAUAUAGGAUUUUAAUGAUUGUAAAUAUUGUCUUUACGCGAUGUUUUGUAAUUUGAAAAUAUAACAGUGUUAUGAUU